AUGUGGUGGGGCGCGUGCGCGCUGGUGAUGGGAUUCGCCGUGCUGGUGCGCCUCUGCACCGGACUGCACCCAUACUCGGGCAUGCACACGCCACCAAAGUACGGCGACUACGAGGCACAGAGGCACUGGAUGGAGAUCACGCUGCACCUGCAGCCCGCGCUCUGGUACCGCAACUCCACCAGCAACGACCUCGCGUGGUGGGGGCUGGACUACCCGCCUCUCACCGCGUGGCAGAGCCGCAUGCAUGGCUGGGUGAUGCACCUCCUGUGCCCCGCUGCUGUUGCUCUUGGCACUUCGAGAGGAUAUGAGUCUGAUUACAGCAAAACUCUGCUGCGUUGGACAGUGCUCUCCUCGGACCUGCUCGUCUUCUUCCCCGCCGCCCUCGCCUUCGCCUGCUCGCCCUUCCUGCGCCGCCUCUCCCCAUCUGCCUCUCGCCCAGCAUCCCAUCGCCUGUGGUUGCUCGCCAUGCUGCUGCUGCAGCCGGGCCUCAUACUCAUCGACCACGGCCACUUCCAGUAUAACAGCAUCAGCCUGGGGUUAUCACUAGCAGGAGCAACCGCCGUCAUGUCUCGGCGAUACCUGCUAGGCAGUGCAUUCUUCUCCCUCGCCAUAAACCACAAGCACGUGAUAAAGCGGCUCUUCCCCCUGGGUCGAGGGCUGUACGAGGACCAUGUAGCCAACUUCUGGUGUGCAACCUCGCCGCUCAUCAAGUGGAAGCGCCUCUUCUCCACGCCUCUCCUCGCACGCAUGGCGCUUGUUGCCACUGUCACUGCCGCCAUGCCCUCCAUGCUGCACCAGGUGCUACGACCAUCAGCACACGGGUUGGUAAUGGCUAUGCUCAACUCCUCUCUUGCAUUCUUCUUCUUCGCCUUCCAAGUGCACGAGAAGUCCAUUCUGCUGCCGCUACUCCCCACGUGCAUGCUAGCCCUGCACCACCCGCACCUGCACCGCUGGCUCUCCAUUGUUGCUCUCUUCAGCAUCACACAGCCAUACGUGGUGCCCCCGCUGCUGGUGGCCGCAGCAGCGCUGCACUAUGCGGAGAUGGCGCUGCCUCCGCCCGCCCGCUUCCCGUACCUGUACCAAGCGCUCAUUGUGACGCUCGCGUUUGUGUGCCUCGUGCCCGUGAUUGUGGUCAGCAACCUGUGCCAAUGGGGCGUGCCCGCGGAUGGGUUUCAGUUGGAGGAGGGUGAGAGGGAUGGGGGCAGGAAUAAGGGGAGUGGAAGGGUGCACACUGUAGGCACCGUGUACCCGUUCGAACCUCCAUCAACGUCGUCUGACUUCGAGCCGCCCCCGUCAAUCGUUCUUGUGCCUGGCGGUGGGGAAGGGUCGUCCAGGCCACCGGCGGAUUCACCGUCUACCGUGAACAGCACGCCGGUCAAACGCCCGCGGGUCGCUGUGAAGUACAAGCAGCAGCGCCUUUGGGGAGCUUCUCCUCCUCGGAAGGCAGCCUCCCCGCAACGUGAUGCUGAUCCUGAGGAUGCCGCGCCGCCAAAAACUACUGGUGAUGUUAUGUACGACACGAUAAAGCACUGCUAUGAGUCUGAGUGGCGUGGUAAAUUCAAGUGGUUGCGUCUGAUUCGGUUGCCUAACGGUGUUGCGAAAUUGAAGUGCGACAUCUGCGUGCAGCAUGGAGACCCCACCGCUCACACAAGCUACGGUGCGAAGGGCGAGGGUGGGCGCGACCUCCAGAUCGGUAGCGUCCGGGCCCAUUCCGCGACGAGAGCCCACAAGAACGCCUUGAAUGCCCAAGCAGAAGCGGAAGCGGACAAGGCGAAACAAGCGAGCAUCACCCGCUGGCAGGCAACCAACGCGUCGAUGAGGCACAUCAUUCGCGUUCUGCACAUCGCUCUCUUCAUCGACAUCACUCUGGUGGCGCACCUGGUGCAGCAGACACGCUGGCGCCUGAAGAACCGUUAUUUCAACGGUUCCCCCACUCAUCACUUCGGCAGCGGGGAAAAGAUGACUCUCAACGAGUUCAUUCAGCGCCACCAGAAGAUGGACAAGCGGCAGGUGAAGGCCGAGGGCGUGGACAGUGAUGGCAACCCCGUGACCUUUGAGUACGAGCUGCACGAGAGGAGAAUCAAAGGGCACGAGACGGACGGUGAUGUUACCGCGUGUUACGAGCUGUCGUUGAAGUUUGUGCGUGAAAUCGACAAGGAGCUGGAGUGGCGCAUGAGGGACCUGGAGCAUCUGGAGGGGUCGAAGCUGUUUCGCUCAGCAUCAUACGUCACAGACGAUGCAAAGCGGGUGGAGAACUUCAAGAAGUGGCUGGCUCAACUGCACAAACUGUUCAACGGCAAACUGCCAGGUAAGCAUGUCUAUGGUUUGCUUGAGUACCUGAUUCGUGAAUACCUGCUUGCAUACGACUUGCUGUGUCGUGACGUUGUGCACGCAUGUCUGCGCACUGUUGAUUGUUUGGUUUAA